UGUAAUGACAAAAUUAAAUACAGUAAAAGAGCGACAAGAUUGGGAAGAUGAAUUUACUAAACGUUACAUAGAUCCUAAAGCUGCUAAUGCACGCAAUGCCGCAACCAAAUUUUUAGAGAAAAUAAAUGAUACUAAACAAACGCUUGAAAGUGAAGUUAAUGAAACUUUAGUUGUUGAUGAAAAAUACCAACUCGAUUUUUAUCCACGAAUUUGGAGACGGAUUGGUAAAACAAGUCCUAGAAAUUUAGAGGCAUAUUGUAUAGGUUAUCCAAAUUUUGCCAACGAAUUUCCAUUUUUGUCAUUGUUCUUUAAAUAUCGGGAGAAAUUAACAUUAGUUAAGAAUCUUAUACCAAUUAUGAAGUUCUCUCGAAUUCUUGCUUCAAAAUUAUGCUAUCAACUGAAAAGGCAAGAUGCACAUAAUCUUACAUUUGACAAAUUUCUUAAAAACAAUGAAAGUCAAUUUUCAGAAAAACUUAAAGAUUUUGCCGAUGCAUGGAACGAAAUUAGAAGUCAUGUUGUUCGAUAUGAAUGUCAUGAAUUUAACAACCCGAUGCUUCAAAUGACUAAAAACCUUCCUGUAGUCUAUGCAUUAUUUGAAGAGAGAGAUGAAUCAUUGUAUCUAUGUGGAGCUAUCGAAUUUUUAGCAAAUUUGCAAAAUGAAUUCAUGCAACAGGUUUUAAAAAUUGAACCUGGUUGUUCUUCGUUAGGAUUCUUAGAAUUUACAAACCAAAAUUAUCACAAUGCACCUCAGCACCAGCAUCAAUAUUACAUUAAAUCGCUGUCCCUUUCUGAAGUGCAUGAAAAACUUGAAUUUUUUACCACGACCACACCUGGAGCUCCGAUCGCAAGAAACGGAUAUAUUAAUCGUUUACAAAUAAAUGCUGUUGAUACAGAUGUUUUUGAUAAUCCUACUGAACUAUUAUCAGAACUAGAGACUCUACUUUGUUUUUUGAAACGAACAUCGGGUGGAGUUCGUGAGAUGGAUAUUAUUGAUUAUCUCAGUAAAUGGAUAAGAUUAUCAACGCUAACUGAGAACCCUAAAUUUUAUCUAGUGAUCAACGGUUUGAAACUAAAACAUGUGGUAGCAUUAUAUGAACUGGUAGAAGAAAAAAUUGCGGAUAUAGAAAUGGAAAAUCUUCCAACAAAAUAUAAAGCUAAGUUAUCUUCACGGAUAAAAGAAGAAAUCAAUGAAGGUGUUGCUGGCGGUAGCGAUGCCAACAAAUUUAAAAUUCCACUCGAAGCUUUUACAAUUGUAUUGAAAAGAUUUAUGUUCCGUUACUUGUCAUCAGAAAUGUAUAAUCCAGAAGAAACCCAUGCAGAUUAUUUGGCAGGAGAUGUUUUUAUUGAUUGUUGGCCUGUUGAGGUGUCCGAUGACGUUAUUCGCGAUAAAUUUCCGAAGUCACUAUUAGUUGCAAAUAUUUAUGAAGCGUAUAAAUAUGCCCAG